AUGAGGCCACUCGAACGUCAUUACCAACCCAUUCGACCGUCAAAUCGACAACCCCAUGACUCAAUACGCUGGUUUGUCGUGGGUGCACACCAAGCAGGCUGUAGUCCUGCUCGAAUAUCCGACAUGACCUACUUGAGUGAGAGUGCUGUUCGCAACAUUAUACGCAACUUUCAACAUACCGGAUCACCGUCAUUACGACGACUUCCAAACCCUGGGACUCGAAUACCUGGUUUAAUCACUGCCGACGAUGUUGUACAGCAUGUAUUGCAACAAGCACAAGAACAGAGCCUUGAAGAGGUAAGAGCAAGAGGAGCGUAUACGUCAAGGUCGAUGGAUGGAUCCAAGGAAAUGGUUGGGAGUGAGCUUGACAUUCAACAAGCGUACAUGUUUAUCUCUCACCAGCAGCACCAUUGGACACAAGAAGAUGAUCGUGUCUUGUUGGAGUUCGUGUUGGACCGAGUCAAUGGCAGUCGCUGGGGUGAGCAUCGAUGGGAACAACUAUCUUCCACUCUACAAGCAAGACACUCUGCUCGAGAAUGCGAGGAACGAUGGGAUAAACUAAGACCCAUUCUUUUGGGGGCAAUGAGUAUCUCUGGUACCCAAGGAUGGUAG